GUCGAACAUCUAGGAAAAAUAUUUAGUACACAUUUGUGUAUUUCUACUACAUUCAAUUAUUAGUCUGAUUGAAGGACAUGUAUUUUAUAUCAAUAUAUGAGAAUAUUUUAUAAACUACUUAACGAAAGAGAGUUAUAAUUACUAAGGCAUAUAAUCAAGGGGAAAUUACCUUUUAAAAGCAAUGAAAAUAGAAACUAGAAACCAAAUCAGUGUUUGUUAACCAUUGAUUAUGUGAUAUUUCUAGUUUAUGUCUUUAUAUAUGGUUCAUACUCUUCUUAUCAUUUCUCCUUUCUUGCUCGUAAACACAUAUCUCCAAUCUUACACCAUCCAACAGUAAUUUUUCAUUAUUGACCAUAAAAAUACAUGGAAAAUCUUCAAAUGGCAAAUAAAUUAUGGUUAAAUGUGCCAUUAGUAAGUAGAACAGGUCCAUCUUCUGAGUUUUUAAAAGAUAAAUAACAUAGUUUAUCAGAUCCUUAAUUUAUUAGAUUUUAAUGUCAUAUUAAUUCCUAGGAAUCAAAGUUUUCUUUGAUAAAUUCAAAGCCAAAAUUACAGAACAAGGUAUAGGCUCCUAUUGGGCGACUCUGUAGCAUGAACACAACUUGAGAAAUGAAUUGAGAUUCCCCUGAAGAUUUUUCACCAAGAAUCUUCUGGCAGAAAUGAAGAUGGAAAAGGAUUUCUUUCCUGUUGGACGAGAAGUUGCUGGAAUUGUGUUGGAUGUUGGAACCAAGGUAUCAUUCUUUCAACCAGAUGAUGAAGUAGUUGGAAUUUUGCCCCUGGAUUCUGAAGACCCUGGACUUUGUGAAGUGAUUAGAGUACAUGAGCAUUACUUAGUUCAUAAACCAGAAAAGGUUACAUGGACAGAAGCAGCUGGAACUAUUCGGGAUGGAGUACGAGCUUAUACAGCCCUACAUUAUCUUUCUCAACUCUCUCCUGGAAAAUCAGUACUGAUAAUGGAUGGAGCAAGUGCAUUUGGCACAAUAGCCAUUCAGUUAGCACACCACAGAGGAGCCAAAGUGAUCUCAACAGCAUGCAGCUUGGAAGACAAGCAGUGCCUUGAAAGACUUAGGCCUUCUAUCGCCCGAGUGAUUGAUGUAUCGAAUGGGAAAGUCCAUAUUGCUGAAAGCUGUUUGGAAGAAACAGGAGGCCUGGGAGUAGAUAUUGUCCUAGAUGCUGGAGUGAGAUUAUAUAGUAAAGAUGAUGAACCAGCUGUAAAAUUACAACUACUACCGCAUAAACAUGAUAUCAUCACACUUCUUGGUGUUGGAGGCCAUUGGAUAACAACAGAAGAAAGCCUUCAGUUGGAUCCUCCAGAUAGCCGUUGCCUUUUCCUCAAGGGAGCAACGGUGGCUUUCCUUAAUGAUGAAAUUUGGAAUUUGUCAAAUGUACAACAGGGAAAAUAUCUUUGCGUUUUAAAAGAUGUAAUGGAGAAGUUAUCAGCUGGUGUUUUUAGACCUCAGUUGGAUGAACCUAUUCCACUGUAUGAGGCAAAAGUUUCCAUGGAAGUUGUUCAGAAAAAUCAAGGAAGAAAAAAGCAAGUCGUUCAAUUUUAAUCUUCUUUCUCAGACCUCAGCUGGAUGAACCAUCCCGGGAUUUGAAGCCAGUUUUCCUUGAAAACUGGGAAAAAUCAAGGAAGAUAAAAGCAAGUUGUUCAGUUUUUAAGCAUGUUUUCUGGUUCACAAGAUGUUCAGUUAUUUGACAUAUUUGAAAAAUGUUUUCCAAAUUGUGCAAAUGAUCAAGAUAAUUCUGUAAUUAACAUUUGAAGGGGUAUUCUGAAAGCCAUUUUUAGUAAUUUUUUUCUACACAUCUGCCUCUCAUGAAAUUCUUCCCAUGAGGAACACUGCUUUCAGCAAAAUCCACACCAUUCUAUUGAUAAGUCUGUUACAGGCCUUGGUAUACUGUCAAAAUAAUGUUAUUAGUUAUGUGUCAAUUCCAUUUUGAACAUCUUAACGAGCCUGUGCUGUCAGAAUUUAAGCAUUUGAAUAUAUUUUCAGGUCUCAAAGUAUCUAACUCAUACACACUUAAAUUUUGUUUUGAAA